GAGACCGAAUUACAGUCAGUAAGUUUGACACGAUGAUCAUGUCAACGCUUGAUGUGUUUUCAACGCCAAUUACGUACAGAUAUAAAACCCGAGUGUGUUCAAUAGCCUCACUAGUAGUAUUUAUUUUAACAACAGCGUUAGUAAUAUUACCACUAAUACUAGCGUACCAGAGUGGCGGUUUUUGGGUGCGUAAUCGCGUCUACAUUGAAACCCCACUCGUGCAAUUCACACACAAGUAUUUGCUUAUCGCCGAAGGAGACUUUGACUCAACUCCAAUCAUCUGCUCUACAUUUAGCGUUUAUCAGCUAAAUCCAAUUAAAGAUGAUUGCACUCUUGUGAAAAUACAACAGCUCGAUAUAAAUAAUGAUAAGCACAAUGAUGUUUUUAAAUUCAACUUUUUGUUCUAUUCCAGAGCGCCUGUCAAGUCUAUCAAGCUUUUAUUUUUUUUUCAACUCAAGCUCAGGGACGCUGUUUACAAUAAAAUAGACUCACUGGCAAUGAUUAAUUAUAUUUUGCCUCAUGAAUCACAGAAAAUAAACAUAAUAAGUGAUUUAAAAUUAAAUCAGAAGGGUCUUUUGAAAUGCGAUAAUUUUCAAGAUAUUAUUAACAAUAACGUUAAUAAUGAAACUAUUGAGCUACAUGAUCAUUCUUUGGAUCAAGUUUUAUCUUAUUAUGCAAGGAAAAAGUUUUCAUUGGAAGUAACAAACACCCAAGCGACCUGGGAGACAGGAUUUUCUGCAAGUGAGCCAGUGUCAUUAUCAGGAGAGCUGUUCUACCUGGACCAGCACCUCAACUACCAGCCAUGUCUCUGGGAGGAGCUGAAACAAGCCUGGAUCCAAUAUUUAUCGCUCUUUUUAGCUUUAAGUUACCUGGUGAAAAAAUUCCUCUGCUAUUUAUUCAACAAAGGCCACCUCAGAAGCUACAUUGUCGUUCCCUGGGAAGACAAAAUUAAAGCGAUUACCAAAGAAGAAAUAAAAAUGACAACAAGAUCAAAGGAAAAAGUAGUCGCGGCGUUCAGAAAAAUUUUCCGGUCCUCCGAGAAGAUAACAAGCCACCACAGUCAGGAGGAUGCGAGCAGCUCGACGAAUUCCCCGCGUAGAUUGCUGGGCAGACAUCGGCCUGACGCGGUGACCCCGGCAGAGAGUCACCUCAAGGAGGACCCAGGUACCAGCACUCACAGACUCUGCACGUGUAAGUCCAAGAAGAGUCACCUGGGGAACUGUCCCGCCCAGACGAGCAUUCCCGAACGGGGAGUCAGGCUCAGGAGGUUGAUGAAGGAGCUUAGCGAGAUCCAGAAGUCCCAGCAUCAGAGAGACGCGACCUUCACCGCUGAACUCGUAAACGAUAACCUCUUUGAGUGGCACGUGCGCCUUCACAAAAUAGACCCCGAAAGUGAGCUAGCUGCUGAUAUGAGGGAACUUAAUAUCCCUUAUAUUUUGUUACAUAUUACAUUUCCGGAAAACUUUCCAUUUGCACCGCCUUUCAUGCGGGUCAUAUCUCCCAGAAUAGAGAAGGGUUUUGUCAUGGAGGGUGGUGCUAUUUGCAUGGAGUUACUCACUCCCAGGGGGUGGGCCAGUGCAUAUACUAUUGAGGCUGUUAUUACUCAAUUUGCUGCUAGUAUAGUCAAAGGACAGGGGCGCAUUGCAAGAAAGCCAAAAACAAACAAAGAAUUCAAUCGCCGCUCAGCAGAAGAAUCAUUCCGAAGUUUGGUAAAAGCUCAUGAAAAAUAUGGAUGGGUGACACCACCACUAGCUGAAGGUUGAAGUUAAAGCUAAAUUUAUACAUUCACCCCAUUUAAAUAUAAUUAAAUAUAUAAUAACAAUAUAUAACGCAGCAAGUACUGCGAUUGGUCCAAGCUUACUCGUAACCCGUUAAUUAAUACACUUUUAAAACAAUCAGCAAACUUUUAAAUCACCAAUUAACGCGUUGCUACUUUUAUUCCCAGUAUAUAUAUAAAUAUAAACAUAUUAUACAAUACAUAAAUAUAAAUAUAUAUUUCUAUAUAAUCAUUAGCGUUAAUAAUAAUAAAUAUUUAAGCC